AUGCCGCUAGCCUGGACGCAAGAUCGCGCAGCCGCGCCUUCGACCUCGGCAGCUCCUUCCGGGCGUAUCUCUGCUUCUCCCACUCAGUCGAGGAGCAAUCACCAUCGUCGAGGUCUGCCCCAAUCCACUUCCACGUCGUCCAACCUCAGCGCAAUCAGCCUCGGUGCUCGUAGUGAGUCGGGCUCGCAAUACUACGCCUCAGCACCACCCGCAUCACUGUCCGUCAGAAAAGCGUCUAGCUCGGCAGCCCUCACGAAUGCGGAUGAGAGCAACGACUUCCAACGCUUCCUCGACGAGGCCCAUGCGAAAGACGAUCUUCAACGUCAGAAACGAGCACAGAAGUCUGCCAAUCUUACACCGGACUCGCAAGGACCGAAAAGACCAGGAGCAGCGGAAUCGUUGCGCAGAGUCACGAGCUCUGCCACGCUCAACGGGGGUGCCCCCACCGCCAUUCCAAGAGGCGAUCUAGGAGCUGCUGCACCAUCAGGCAGCAUGAGAGGCAAUGCGACACUCUCAAUAGCGCCUCGAGCCCCUCGAUCUGUGUCAAAUUACUCGGUGACCUUCCGCAAUCCCACAAGUCAGUUCCUUGAACAGCUGUCGGUGGAUGCGCAAACGCCGGAACUGGGAAUCGACGAUACACCUGUCAACGGGAGGACUGUCGAUAACACGAGCCAUCUCACCGCGCUCGGUCAUGCCGCACAAAUUCAGAGUCGGAGCGCUUCGGGUUCUCAACAGUCGAGAAGCGCAACAAUCAAAGGGAAGCCGCCCGCAUCUCGAGCUGUGCCUGCUAGGUCUUCGACUAUCGCUGUGGAGAGUCCGAUUGCUAUCGCCUCAAGAACUUCACUGCAGCCUGCUGUGCCAGUAUCUCAAAGGUCACCCACUAGCACGCUCGGUAUUGCUUCGUCCAUAGCUCGCACUCAGCCGCUGUCUCCCACACAGAGGCUGCAGAGCCUCCCCAAACCGACUGCUGAGGCAUCAGUCAGUGUUUCACCGAAGAAGCUUGGUGCGACAGAUCUAGGACAUGGCCUGCCAACUUCGCCGGCCGCGUCACCGACACAAGUCAAACGCAGUGCUGACGAGAUGGAGCGCAGCUCUUCUUUGCACCCUCGCGCCAAGCUUCAAGAAGGCACUAGCGACACCGAAGCUACCGCGAUGCAACAGAGCCCAAGCCAGACAGCAUCACGCCGAAAGACUUGGUUUGGUCUCGGCUGGGCCACCGAAGUGGGUGAUCCGGCGCCAACCGAUAUCAAGGACGAGCCCAUGCAAGCUUCUGAGCCAACGGCGGAUCAACCCCCUCCACCGAUGAAUGAAGAUGAGGCCGAGUUCAGGAGGUCGCUCGGGUACAACGAUGUCUAUGACGCUUCUGCGGGGACGAAGAGUGCGGAGCAGGGUCCAUCGGAUCAAGAAGUCUUUCCACCGAAGCGCGACGCGGAUGUAACAAUGAAGGUCGCGCCGACGAUAGAGCAGAUCCCGAUACGAGAAAGACGUGUGUCAUGGCUGCCUUGGCGGAACGUGGCUCUGCCCACGACACAGGAGGCAGCAGAAUCUGCCGCUCCGCCCGCGAAUGAUGUUGAUCACCAACAGCAGCAGGCUGACGUAGACGAGACAGCACCUCAAGCUGCAAACGCGACCUCAGACGCUGUCGCAGAGGCACCGUGCGCGACAGCUCUAGAAGCAGAACAAGCGAAUGGCGAGAAAUCCGUCACGUACAGGACCGUGAUCAAGCGAGGCUGGAUGGGCGCACGCUAUGAAGUGCAGGAGCCUGUGGCAAAUCUGCGCGACAUGUUCGAUAGUCCAGCGUUGGAUAAGCCACGACAACAGGAGGAGGCUCCUGCUGAUGCGGUAAGCGACCUAGCUGCUCCGACCGGGCCAGAUCAACAGCCAGCGUCUUACCCACCGGCUGGAUCGACGAGUCUGCCCGAGCACGACCCCAGACAGGCAAGCUCGACUUGGCAAUGGAGGUUCUGGUCCGGCCACGAGGACCAUCCUGAGGUGGACGAGAACUCCACUGCUCAGCAGCUACAGGUGCCUUCUACGCUGCCGGAAGGUGCAGCUGGCACAGACACGCAGCAAAGUCGCAGCGCAGACACAGCUAUGCCCAUGGACAUCGAUCCAGAGGACAAAGCUCCAGCUGCUCUACCUGCAGCCUCCGAGGGAGGAUCAUGGACCUACUCAUCGUACUUGGCGAGCUGGGUGCCAACUUGGGCAUACAACGCACAGGAACAGGAGGCUGCCGCUGCUACGGAUGCUUCCGGUGCGGACGAGACCGACGCACCGGGUCAGACAGCUGCGGACGCGCCUCCGCGCACACCGGCCGAGCAAGUCAAGGCCGAUGCGCUCGCAAGGGAUGCCGCAGCUGCCGUGUUCGAUGCCAACAAAGCGGUGCUGAACAACGCCACACGCAGCGGCUGGAUCAACUUUUUCGCUUCUCGAAGCGCCAAUCUGCCGAGAGAAGCGCGUGACGCAAUUACGAACGACGACGGCAUGGAGGUCAUGGACAUCAGUGGCAUCGAGGGAGGAUAUCGCCCGGCGGUGGCCAAAGCUGUCACACAAAGCAAUGGCCGACUCGCGCCGGAUGCGUCGACACGACCGAAGACGACUAAAGCUGGAAGCCUCGGUGGCUCCAGAGCAUCGUCACUUGCUGGCGACUCUGAAGGCCACCAUACCUCUGCUCGAUCGUUGACCAGCAAGGAGAGCAUCAAGAAUCUGGGCAGGACGGCCAUCACUAAAGCCGCCAACGUCGCCGCAGCUUCCACGGCUGGACUUGGCAAAGGCAAGCGAACGGAUGGUGCUCAAUCUAGCGGCAACGGCAGCAGCUCGAAUGGUGGCAAUGCGGGCAGCAACGGGCAGCCGGCAAAGGACAUCAGCAAGAAGCUGGCGCCGAACGGAUCGGGCCCCUCUCGUCCUGGCACGCCAACGCCUACGAAGUCUGUUGGAGACCCGAUCCCGGUCGUUCCACCGAAUCUUGUGCUGCCAUCAUUCGAGGACACGUUCACAAGAGCGCCUAGGAUGUGGUCACCCAAGGUCGGCGUGCUAGAGAGGACGCUCAGCGCCGUUAACAGCUACCUCUUCAGCAAGGUGCCUGACCUGGAUCGCAUGAAGCGACCCACACGCUUCUCGACAUACGGCGAACAGAAUCUCGGGUCCAGCGCAUCUUCCUUCAAGGGCAAUGCGGCUUCGUUCGCUGGCAAGGGCUCGACUCAGCGACUUGCAGGUAAAGCCAAAGCUACUGGAGCGGGAUCGAGCAAGGACAAAGGCGUAGAGACGGCCCUCAAGGAGGUGGCCGAGUCAGCGCAACGUCUGCCACGCGCUUGGUCCACUGUUGGACUGCACGAGCGAGCUCAGUGUAAAGGCACCGCUGGCAUCGGAAAGAUCGUGGUCAUCGGCGUGCAUGGCUGGUUCUCGCAAAGCAUCUUCAAGACCGUCAUUGGCGAACCAACCGGAACGUCGGCCAAAUUUGCGGCCAUGCAGACCGAGUCGAUCCGUCGUCAUUUCUUGGAGGCUGGGCUCGAGCUCAACCCCGAAGCGAUCACCGCCAUCUCGCUGCAGGGCGACGGCAAGGUAGCCGAUCGUGUCGAUCGACUCUUUUCGGAACUGAUCAGCAGGCCAAACUGGGUCAACGAUCUCAAGAAUGCCGAUGCGGUCUUCCUCUCGGCCCACUCGCAGGGUGCUAUCGUGGCCACGCAGCUUCUCGCGCGCCUGAUCGAGCAGCGACACAUUCUAGCCGAGUCUACACGGAUCUGUCUGCUGGCAAUGUGCGGUGUCCACCAUGGUCCCUUUGCGCAUCUCAAGUCGAGCAUCACCGCGAGCUACAUCAACUACUUUGAGAACGCUGCUGCCAAAGAGCUGUUCGAGUUCCAAUCCUCCUCCACAGCUGCAGCCAAGCAGUACACCGCAGCGCUCAAGAUCAUCCUCGACGCCGGGGUGAAGUGCGUGUAUGUUGGAUCGACGGAUGACAACGUGGUGCCGAUCUACUCUGCGCUCAACUCGAGCAACAACCAUCCGAGCAUCCUGCGCGCGCUCUACAUUGACGGGCGGGCCUUCCCGAAGGUAGACUUUCUGACCAACUUGCUGGUCCUCUGCGUUGCCGUUCGGAAUGCCGGCUUGAGCGACCACAACCUGCUCACCCUCCUCUCAGCGAGCGUCGCUGGCAGUCUAUACGGUGGCCUUGGCCACUCUCUAGUCUACGGAGAGCGGGCAGUCUACGACCUAGCCACGCGCUACCUGUUCGAGGUGACCCACCCGUUGGCCGAACCGACCUUCGCCCCUGGCCCCCCGGGUACCACCAUCGAACCUCGCCGAGCGACCGAUACCGACCCAGCCAACGCACCCACCCUCAUGUCGGACGCGUUCGAAGCACAACGUUGGAACCCGUACGACCUGCCCUGGUCGCUCCGGGGCUUGUUCGAGGAUAAGCACGUUCGGAGCUUGUUUGCGGCGGACAUGCUGAGUCUGCUGCAGAGCUAUGAGGAGUGGAGGCCGGACCCGAAGAGUAAGAGCUUGAAGGAUCUGCAGUGGAGGCUGGCGCCUAUGCGGAGUAUUCGCCCGCCCGAGGUGGAGGGCGACGGGGGCGAGGCGGAGGGUCAGCUGGAAGAGGAGGAGAGAGGGGAGAAAGUGGAUAAGGGCGGCAAGGGGAAGGGCAAGGAUGGGAAGGGGUCCAAGUUGUGA